AUGCCGGUCUUGGUACGCAACUUUGAGAAUGUGGUCCGAGGAGAUGUUGCGUCCGUCGGGGGCAAGAAUGCCUCGUUGGGCGAGAUGAUCGGUGGCCUCAAGGCAGAGGGCAUUGUGGUCCCGCCUGGCUUUGCAACGACCGCCGAUGCAUAUUGGCGUUACGUCGACGCGAACGAUAUCAGAGGGAAGAUGACCAAGCUGAUUGAGGAGUGGCAAUCUGGCAAAACAACUCUUCCCGAAACCGGCCAGGCAGUGCGAAAUCUGUUUCUGCGUGGUGACUGGCCGGCCGAUGUGUCGACUGCCAUCACAAAAGCCUACCAGGAGCUUUCGACGCAGGCAGGCAUCAAGGAUCUGUCCGUUGCUGUGCGUUCCAGUGCCACGGCCGAAGACUUGCCCGACGCCAGUUUUGCGGGUCAACAAGAAACGUUUCUGAACAUCUCGGGUCAAGCUGCGCUGCUCAACGCCUGUCGACGUUGCUACGCUUCGCUCUUCACAGACCGGGCUAUCAGUUACCGUCAGACUGCCCAUUUCGAUCACCUGAAAGUCGCUCUCUCUAUCGGCGUCCAGCGCAUGGUCCGCUCGGAUGCUGCUGGCUCUGGCGUCAUGUUCACUCUCGACACCGAAAGCGGCUUUAACAAGGUUGUGCUUAUCAACGCAGCCUGGGGUCUGGGCGAGAAUGUCGUCCAGGGCACUGUCAAUCCCGACGAGUACCAAGUCUUCAAACCGCUCCUCACCAACCCUGACCUGGUCCCGAUUAUUGAGAAGAAACGGGGCGAAAAGGCCAUGAAGAUGGUCUAUGGAAAUGAGCAUAUGCCAACUCGCAAUGUGCCCACCUCAAAGGCAGAGAGGAACAGUUUCGUGCUCAACGACGCGGAAAUCCUGAACCUGGCACGCUGGGCGUGCAUUAUCGAGAACCACUAUAAAUGUCCCAUGGACAUCGAGUGGGCCAAGGACGGCAUCACUGGGGAGAUGUUCAUUGUACAGGCGCGGCCAGAGACCGUGCAAGCACGUCGUGAAGCUGGCGUGUUCAAAACCUACAAGAUUGGCAAAAAGGGCCGUGUUUUAUCUACCGGUCUCUCGGUUGGCGAGGCCGCCGUGUCGGGUCGUCUGUGCCUCAUCGAAAGCGCCAAAGAUAUCGGCAAAUUCGUCGAUGGGUCGAUUUUGGUGACGGAAACGACUGAUCCGGACUGGGUGCCCAUCAUGAAACGAGCCGCAGCCAUCAUCACCGACCACGGCGGACGAACGUCGCACGCAGCAAUUGUCAGUCGUGAACUGGGUGUUCCUGCGGUCGUCGGCACGGGAAAUGCCACAUACAUCCUGCACACGGGACAAGAUGUUACCGUGUCCUGUGCCGAAGGGGACACUGCGUUUGUCUACGAGGGCAUCUCCGACAUCACCACCAAGGAGGUCGACGUGACGGGCCUGCCAGCUACACGGACAAGUGUCAUGCUCAAUCUUGCCAAUCCCGCCUCGGCCUAUCGCUGGUGGCGUCUGCCCGCCGACGGGAUCGGACUGGCACGGAUGGAGUUUGUUGUUAGCAGCAUCUCAGUCCACCCGAUGGCACUGGUCCAUUUCGACAAGUUGAAGGAUGAAAAGGCCCAGGCAGAAAUUACUCGACUAACAGCCGGGUACAAGGACAAGCCCGACUACUUUGUCGACAAGCUCUCGCGUGGGCUCGCCUGCUUGUGCGCGGCCGUGUACCCCAAGCCAGCCAUCAUCCGGAUGAGCGACUUCAAGACCAACGAGUACGCCAACCUGAUCGGCGGCAAGGACUUUGAGCCCAAGGAGGAGAACCCGAUGCUGGGGUUCCGGGGAGCGUCGCGGUACUACUCACCCCGGUACCGUGAAGGCUUCGCACUGGAAUGCAGAGCGAUCAAGCGACUCCGUGAGGACAUGGGCUUCACGAACGCGAUUGUCAUGAUCCCCUUUUGCCGGACGGUCAACGAAGCGGCCAAGGUGAUGGAGGUCAUGGCGGCCAACGGGCUGCGGCGCGGCGAGAAUGGCCUGCAAGUGUACGUCAUGUGCGAGAUCCCGUCGAAUGUGAUCCUGGCCGAGGAGUUUACGCGCCAGUUUGACGGCUUCUCGAUCGGGUCCAACGACCUGACGCAGCUCACGCUGGGCGUGGACCGCGACUCGGCCGAGCUGGCCGACCUGUUUGACGAGCAGGACGCCGCCGUCAAGUGGAUGAUUGAGCGCGUCAUCGCCGUCGCACGCCGCGCAGGGCGCAAGAUCGGCCUCUGCGGCCAGGCCCCCAGCAACCACCCCGAGUUCGCCGCUUUUCUCGUGAGGUGUGGCAUCAGUUCCGUCUCCGUCAGCCCGGACAGUUUCCUCGAGGUCAAGAAGCACGUCAUUGCGAGUGAAAAGGCCGCGGCGGCGGCGGGAGAGGCAAAAACGAAUGGUGUGAGUGCGUGA